AUGGAUUAUAUAAAGAAGGCAAUAUGGGGACCUGAUCCUAAGGAACAAAUGAGGAAAAUAAACCAAUUACUUCGUAAAAAUAAACGAGAGUUAGAUCGGUCAAUGAAUCAGUUACAACCUUUAAAGAAGAAAACUGAAGCCUUGAUCAAGAAAUCGGCUAAGGACAAGGACUAUAAAUCAGCAAAAAUAUAUGCUAGGGAAUUGAUUGGUAUUAAUCGUCAAUACAAUAAAUUAUAUCUUUCUAAGACACGAAUAGAUUCGAUAACCAUGUCUAUCAAUGAACAAUGGUCUAUGAAUAAGCUCACUUCAUCUUUACAGCUACUGACUGGAGUUAUGAAAGAUGUUAAUCAACUAGUCAGCAUAGGUGCAAUCCUGGGGACGAUGCAAGAAUUACUGAAAGAGUUAAUGAAAGCAGGUGUUAUCAAUGAAAUGAUGGAGGAUAUGGUGGAUUUGGAUGUUGAGGAUGACGAAUUAGAAAGCGAAUCGCAAGAUGAAGUAAACAAGAUUAUUCAAAGUUUGACUGAAGACAAAUUCUCUAAAAUUGAUAAUGAAGUUCCUACAAGUAAUAUGCCUUCAGAAUUGGAAGAACCUAAAGCGAAUGAUAUUCAGUUAGAAGAUGAUGUUGAUCACGAAGCAUUAGAUGAAAUGAGAGAAAGAUUGAAAGCAUUACAGGAAUGA